AGCGCAGGGGCGGGACCACGUCGACUUCCGGCCCACCCCGGAAGCGGAAGUGCAGGCGCCGCGGGGUCGUGUCCACCGCGCGCCCGCCGUCCCGCCCGGCGAUCCCUACCGCCACGGUCUCCCGCCACUGCCCCGCUCGCCGGUCCCGCCAUGCUAUCGCUAGACUUUCUGGACGAUGUGCGGCGGAUGAACAAGAGGCAGCUGUAUUAUCAAGUCCUGAAUUUUGGGAUGAUUGUCUCCUCAGCAUUGAUGAUCUGGAAGGGCUUAAUGGUAAUAACUGGAAGUGAGAGCCCCAUUGUAGUAGUGCUCAGUGGCAGCAUGGAACCUGCGUUUCACAGAGGAGACCUGCUCUUCCUGACAAAUCGAGUUGAAGACCCCAUACGAGUGGGGGAAAUUGUCGUGUUCAGGAUAGAAGGACGGGAGAUCCCCAUAGUGCACCGAGUCCUGAAGAUUCAUGAAAAGUAGGGCAUAUUAAG